CCUAAGACAUUACUUGUCAAACCAUUCCUACUAUUUAAUCCGUGGCUCGUUCUCUCCACGUUCCCAUUUUACUUUCUCUACUCUCCAGCAAUCUCUCUCUUUCUCGCUUCUUUCGAAAAUGGCCGGGAACUCGGAGGACAUCGUCAGUGACGACGUUAACUUCGGGUUCAAACGUUCGGAGAUGUACGAACUUAAACUCUCCGGCACUGCUACUGUUUACGAUCGUCACGUUUUCCUUUGUUACAAAUCACAUGAAACUUGGCCUUCUCACGUUGAAUCCUCCGACUCCGAUCCACUUCCGAAGCUUCUCGCUGCUACUCUUAAAGCUCGUAAGGAUGAAAUCAAGCUUAAGACUGUUUUGACGAUUUGCGAAGUACGCGAAGACAUUGGACUAUCUGAUGGAGAUGUUCUGAUUUUUCCUGAAAUGAUCAAAUACAGGAAUUUGAAGGAGUCAGAUGUUGAAGCUUUUGUUGAGGAUGUGCUUGUGAAUGGCAAGCCCUGGACUUCUGGACUGCAGGAGCCACUAAGUGGUUCUUAUGUAUUUGUCUGUUCCCACAAUAAUCGAGAUCGAAGGUGUGGUGUCUGUGGACCAAUUCUGAUUGAGGAAUUUAGCAAAUUGAUUGAUUCCAAGGACUUGAAAAACGAAGUUCAUGUGACAGCUUGUUCCCAUGUUGGUGGCCACAAGUAUGCUGGUAAUGUGAUAAUCUUCAGUGCAGAUAAAGAAGGGAAAAUUGCUGGGAAUUGGUAUGGCUAUGUUACCCCAAGUGAUGUACCUAUUUUGCUUGACGAGCAGAUCAGAGAGGGGAAAGUCAUUGAAAGACUUUGGAGGGGCCAAAUGGGACUGCCUGCUGAGAUAACUGAUAAGGUGAAUGAGCAGAGGGUUCCCAAUGGAACCAAUGUGGACGAAAAAGGACAAGCCCCUGUAGAAAAUGCUAGUCAGGGCUGUUGCCAAGGAACUGUAGGUUUUUCUUGUUGUAGAGAUGCAAGUACUGAGGUGAAAGAGGGAAAGAAGGGGCAGGGAAGACUUUCAUGCUGGUCAGGAAAAUGGGAUCGGCCUGAAGUGUUCACAGCCAUUGGCGUGGUCGGAGCAGUGGCUUUUGUUGCUGUUGCUUAUGGAUUUUACAAGAGGUCACACUGAUAUGCUGUCACGAAGAGAUUCCAAACAUUGUCUUUUUUAGAGAAUAAUGAUGUAACUCUAAACCCUGACAUUUGCUACGUGUUACGUGUGAAUUUUUCUGAAGGAGAAGAAGUAAAUGCAGAAUAUGUCCGACUAUAUGGAGAUGAUGUCCUCUUGUUCUCUUCAAGUGAGCACCCUAAGGGCCUCUUAGUUACACAGCUCUAACUAGUUACUACAGAUACCUGCAAGUUUUGUCUACACUCUACAGAGAUGAUUAAAAUUCCAGGUCUGGAGGUCUUGCUUCCUGGCUGUUUUGGUUAAAGGUGAAUAAGGUUUUCGAUAGGCUAUUGGGCUUGUCGGAAUUACCUUGUUUAUUGUUGUGUUGGUAUUUCAUUUGUUGUCUGGGGAUAUUGGAUGACUUGUUGAAAUUUUUUGUGGAAGUUGAUUUUUGCUUUUGGACAUAAAUUUCACUGUA